CCCCCCGAGAGGGCGUCGCGCGCUCGCUUUCCUUCUUCCGGCGCCGCCGCCGCCGCCACAUCCCGGGCCGGGCGGGCGGCGGCGCCGAGGCCUCCGGGAGGGCGGGCCUCCAGCGCUCCCCGGACGCCGGGACCCCGCGCGCCUCGCCCCCAGGCCCGCGAGGCCCGAGCCGAGCUUCGCCCCUGGGGCCGCGGAAGGGCCCGAGGACCGCGACAGGCUCCAGCUCCUCGGAGGAGACAGGAGGAGCCAGGAACCUCCAAGGCAAAGCAGAUACUGCAAGGAAAUGUGGACCAGGCCUGAGAAGAAUCGAGUGCGACUUCCGGUUCUUCUGUGUCCCCUGCAGCAGAGUGUAACCGUGUGACCCGCUGAGGACCCAGGUGCCCCACGUCACUCCCGGACAGCGACAGCCUGAGAAACGCCCACCCCCGAGGUUCCGCGCAGGCUCUGGCCGGCAAGUGGGCGGAGCCGGGACGCUCCGGGGUUCGUUUCUCGGGUUUCACAGAUUCUCUACAGCUCAGUGGGUGUGGCCGCAGCUUGUCAGCGAGCCAGGAUUUUAAACCCAGCCUGCUUGGAAUCGCCUCAGGAUGGCGUCUGCCCUCUGAGGAUUACCCAAAGGUCCGGCCCGCGGCAGGCCCCCUCCUGCCCCGCCUUCCAGGCCCUGGCGGGUGCUAGAUGCCAGGGACACAGUAGCCUGGGCCAGAAAGAGUCAACAGGCACCUCUGCAGAAGUGAAGUCUUAUCACGUGUUCCAAGACCAAAUAGAAAUGGCUCCUUUCCGGAAGAAUCACUGAAUGGCUGACAUUUGACAACAUGCACCACCAGUGGCUUCUGUUGGCCACAUGCUUUUGGGUGAUUUUCAUGUUCAUGGUGGCCAGCAAGUUCAUCACGCUGACCUUUAAGGACCCUGAUGCCUACAGCGCCAAGCAGGAGUUUCUGUUCCUGACCACUGCGCCCGAUGCAGGGAGGUCGCUGAGAGAGACUCACUUCCCUGAGGAGCUGAAGCUGACCGGGAAGGUGCUGCCGGGAGGGCGGCUCGUUCAACCCUUGGUCUAUACGCAGCGGCUGGAGCUCGUCAGAAACGUGUGCAGGGAGGACACCCUGAGGAACCUCUCACACACCGCCGUCUCCAGGUUUGUCCUCGACCGGAUAUUCGUCUGUGACAAGCACAAGAUCCUCUUCUGCCAGACCCCCAAAGUGGGCAACACCCAGUGGAAGAAAGUGCUGAUCGUGCUGAACGGAGCCUUUCCUUCCAUCGAAGAGAUCCCUGAAAGCGUGGUGCACGACCACGAGAAGAACGGCCUCCCGCGUCUCUCUUCCUUCAGCGAUGCAGAAAUUCAGAAGCGCUUGAAGACAUACUUCAAGUUUUUUAUCGUAAGAGAUCCCUUCGAGAGACUGAUUUCUGCGUUUAAGGAUAAGUUUGUUCACAACCCCCGCUUUGAGCCUUGGUACAGGCACGAGAUUGCCCCUGGCAUCAUCAGGAAGUACAGGAGGAACCGAACGGAGACCAGGGGCAUCCAGUUUGAGGACUUCGUGCGCUACCUGGGCGAUCCGAACCAUAGGUGGCUGGACCUUCAGUUUGGGGACCACAUCAUCCACUGGGUGACAUACGUGGAGCUGUGCGCACCCUGCGAGAUCAAGUACAGCGUCAUCGGUCACCACGAGACCCUGGAGGACGACGCCCCGUACAUCUUGAAAGAGGCUGGCAUAGACCACCUGGUGUCUUACCCCACCAUCCCCCCGGGCAUCACCGCGUAUAACAGAACCAAAGUCGAGCACUACUUUCUGGGCAUCAGCAAACGAGACAUCCGGCGCCUCUAUGCACGGUUUGAAGGGGACUUUAAACUCUUUGGGUAUCAGAAGCCAGAUUUUUUGCUAAACUAAUGUGUAGGACUGUGAGUUCAAGUAUCUUUGUUAGACCAGAGGCUAACCAGGUGGAGAUCUGGGCACAGAAAUGACACUUUGCUCUGUCACGCUCCCCCUGAACACUCCUCAGUUCCCGUGGACCUGGGUGCGCCUUGGCCAGUGAAGCUGGACCCUGACCGUUAUGACCUAGUUUGGACAGAAGGUGCCUGGCGGGCCCUGCCCCCCUCCCGCCCCAGCCCCAGUGCCAUCAGGCCUUUGCUCUCCUCAGCGGGGAAAGAGGCUAAACAUUUGCAGUCGCACAGACGGGAGGAAAAACCAUACAGCCUCGAGUCACCUCCCUCGGUUGUCAGACGCCUGCAGCUCCCCCAGACGGUGGGGCGGUCCUGCCUGUCCCCAGGGGAUUGUAGACAUGGAACCCAGCACUUUCAGGAGAGAUGGAAGAGCCAGUGGUCCGCACACAUCCCAGGGGCCGAGAUAGGGUCAAAUCUGAGUAAUUACACCUCUGGGUUUCAUCUUGGCGCCACUAUAGUCACAGAGGCAGACCCUUCUUUCCAUGACUGCUCUGUGCCUGAGAAGUUCAGGGAUGACUCGAGGGCACUCUCAAGUAGUCCAUCUCUUCAGAAUACAUGCCUGUAUGCUGCUGGGCCAGACUUCCAGACCUCUGCCUGCCAAGUGAUUAUCUCAUUCAGCCCAAGAGAUCCAAUUUUGGAAAGUGAGGGGAGUGUACAUUUUUCCCACCUGAGGAAGGGAACGUCUCUGGGGACCUUAAAGGGAGCCUGGGAAGAGGCAGAGCUGGCCGGGUGCUGGAGCUCAGGCUGCCCUGGACUUGGGCACGUCCGCCCUGAUGACUGUCUGCCUCUUGUCUCUGAUGGUCCCGCAUGGAUGGGCAUGGUGGGGGGGGGGGGUCUCCACCUGUCUCCCCCAAGGCCAGGCCCUCCUGGGGGCCAAAGGCAAACAUGGGCAACAUGCCAGUAUUGCCCAAUCAGUGCAGCUUACACAUUUCAGUCUCCUUGCAUCUCAGCAAAAUGCGCACCACUGGGCCCAUUUCUGAUGAUGCCGUCAUCCUGGACUGUAAGUUGGAUAAUCAAGUUCACCAGCAAUAAAAUCCUGGGCCGAGGCAGCCCCAGUAACGCACCUUCCAGGCGCUGAGGAGCAGCCCACGGCUACCAUUUCAGAUGCCGUCCGACAGCGAGGCCCCUCGAGAUACGGGAGAGUUUCCCUGCGAAAAGUCCCAAGUGCUCAGGCUGCACAGCGCCCAGGAGCCCGGCUUUUCCUCCAGGCAGCCUCCGCCGUCCCUUUCUCAGUGUGGCUUCCUGAGUUUGUAAAUGUGAAAGUAACAUGAAAUUAAAAAAAAAAAAAAAACACGUGCCAACCUGACGUGGGCCGCGGUUCCAGGGCAGGUGCUGCGUGGACGCGACGUCCCCGAGGCCUGGCGACGGUGAGGGGCGCGCGGGCCUGCGUGAUGGCUGCGGGUGAGCCGGCGGUGGAGGAGCGGGGCUCACGUGCCCGCCCGCCACGCCGACGGAAGGGCAGGCUGCGUGGAGGCCUGUCACGCUCUGCUGACACGCAGAGGCUGCAGGAUCAGUCGUUCUUCCGUCACGUUCUAGCAGAGUCUUGCUGAAAUCAUUCCGCGCGUGAUGCAGGAGUGUCUCUGGGGUGG